AUGGUCAACUCCUGUUGUGGUUCUGUGUGCUCUGAGCAGGGCUGCAUCUCCAGCUGCUGCAGGCCCCAGUGCUGCCAGCCUUCAUGUUGUAGACCCACCUGCUGUCAUCCCAGCUGCUGCAUCUCCAGCUGCUGCCCUAGCCCCUGCUGCAGACCGCAAUGUUGCCAGUCUGUGUGCUGCCAGCCCACUUGUUGCCGCCCCAGCUGCUGCAUCUCCAGUUGCUGCCAGCCCACUUGUUGCCGCCCUAGUUGCUGCAGGCCCCAAUGCUGCCAGCCCACUUGCUGCAGAACUCAAUGCUGCCGCCCCAGCUGCUGCAUCUCUAGCUGCUGCCGCCCUACCUGUUGUGUGUCCAGUUGUUGUCAGCCCCAGUGCUGCCAGCCCAGUUGCUGCAGACCCACCUGCUGCAUCUCCAGCUGCUGCAAGCCCACUUGUUGCCAGUCCACUUGUUGCAGACCCACCUGCUGCCAGCCCACUUGCUGCAGACCCACCUGCUGCCCUAGCUCUACUUGCUGCCAGCCCACUUGCUGUCUCCAGACCACCUGCUGCAGAACCCAGUGCUGCCGCCCCAGCUGCACUGUGUCCACCUGCUGCUGCCCUAGCUGCUCCAGUGCUUCUUGUUGCUAA